AUGGCAGGACUGAACCAUCCUUUGGAGAACGUCAGAGUCAUCGACCUGGGGCGCCACCAGGCAGGGCCCCGGUGCGCCCUGGUCCUGGCACGCAUGGGCGCCGAGGUCAUCAAGGUGCGAACGCCUGGGCGGCGAGAGACCGCUAAACCACGGCCCCUGGGUCAGAAGCAGUCCUCCUACUGGGCCAUCGCGCAUUUCACGGACCACGACGUGGUGGCGGCGCCGGUGAACACGAUACCGCAGGCGGCGGAGGACCCUCACCCGUGGGAGCGUCGGGCGAUGGUUGAGGUGCCGGACUUCCUGGCCGGUGAGAUCGCGGUGUCGGGCGACUACUGGCACUUCUCGCGCACUCCGGUGAACAUAGGGAGUACGCCGCAGGUGGGGGAGCACAACGAGGAGGUGCUGCAGGGCAUCCUGGGAUACAGCGAGGAAAAGGUCGAGGAGUUCCGCCAAGGCCGCGUCAUCUCCGAGGAACACUACUACGACGACAUACCCGGAUAG